CUUACAACACCCGGCUGCUGCUGCUGCUGCUGAGAGAUGCGGCCGAGACUCCGGUCGGAGGCGUUAGGCCCUGGCCCAUAGGGGCCCUGUCCCAUAGCGGCCCUGGCCGACAGGGGCCCUGGCGUCAUCGCGACACGAGGGAUGGCCGAGGAGUGCCGCCUGGAGGUUGCAGCCGAGGAGUGUGUGGUUAACAUGGAGGGGUUCAUAGUUAUGGAGCCCGAGCACGGCGGCUCGCACAGGAGUGACGGUACGGAGUGCGUACGGGCAGGCGCUGGCGCGGUGGCCGAUGGACACCGAGCGCCCACGUUCGCUGUUGGCGGCGUGGACCCCGAGGCCACGUCACGAAUGGAGCAGGAAGGCUCCGCAAUGCGCACAGAGCAGGCAGACCACGCAGUCUACGCAACACAAUCAGGACAACCAGAUCAAACGGUCUACGGAGCACGCACAGAGCAGGCAGACCACGCAGUCUAUGCAACACAGUCGGAACAAUCAAUUCAGACGGUCUACUCGCACACAGAACAGUCAGACCACACAGUAUACGCAACACGCACAGAACAGGCAGACCACACAAUCUACGCAACACAGUCGGAACAACCAAUUCAGACAGGCUACUCAGACCCAGAACAGUCAGACCACACAGUCUACCCAACGCACACAGAACAGGCAGUCCAGACAGCCUACCCAACAAAGUUGGAACAGGCAGACCAGAUUGUCUAUUCAACACACACGGAACAGGCAGAGCAGACGGGCUACCCAACGAAUCAUGUGGGAGAGACGGGGCAGCCAGACCACGUUUCCAACAUGGCCACAUUGUCCCAUGCAACUAGCACAGACUACGUGGCCCACGCGAGCCAACCUCACGGGCACGUCGAGGGCACAGCGCAUACGCACAGCGCCGUACGCACAGAUGGUGUCCUACCGGAGGACUGCGCCCACUCGGACAGUGCCGGUGCACAGGCGCAAGCGGAGGGCGGCCUGGCCCGGGCAGGUGGGAUGCUGGUGGACGACAGCUCGGCGCACUCGGGCGUCGCGUACGCCGAGGGGCCGCUGCGUGCCGACGCGGUCGUGCACAUGGACCUGCUGCACGCCGGCAUCCUGCUGCAGGAGCAGGCGGCCGCGGUGGUGCAGGGCGGCCACGGGCCCGGCCUGGGUUCCACGGGGUUCGGCAGGGACGGGGGACCCGCCCCGGGGGAGGAUGAGGAGGAGGAGGGCCCUGCUCAGCUGACCCUGCUGCUGGGGGCCGCAGGGACGGACACGGGGAGCCCAGGGCCCCAGCACGCGGACCCAGGAGAGCCAGGCUUCAUGGUGGAGCACGCUGCCCUCAUGGUGGUGCAGCACUAUCAGCAGGAGCCAACGCAGAUGCAGCCCGGCCCCACCGCACAGCUCUUCACGGGCGUCCCAGAGCCGGCGGCGCCGCUGCCUGCGGACAGCGGACCCGGCGGCUCGGCGGAAGGGCAGCAGCGGGGCGGCGCCGGCGGGGCGCUGGAAUGCGGUCUGUGCGCGCAGGGGUUCGCGGAGCAGCGGCUGCUGGCGGCGCACGUGGCCAGCGCCCACCGCACAGAGAGCGGCUUCCAGUGCGAGGAGUGCGGCAAGCUGUUCACGCUCAAGUACUCGCUCAAAAUCCACAUGCGGCAGCACACAGGCGAGCGGCCGUACCGCUGCGAGCUGUGCGGGGAGACCUUCGCGCGGUCCUCCUCGCUGCUGCGGCACCGCGCGCUGCACACGGGCGAACGGCCCUACGUGUGCGACGUGUGCGGCAAGGCUUUCGCGCACUCGGAGAACCUCGCCAUCCACCUGCGCAUCCACGCGCCCGUCAAGCCGUUCGCCUGCGAGGAGUGCGGCAAGAGCUUCGCCACGGCGUCGUACCUCACCAAGCACCGGCUCAUGCACACGGGCACCAAGCCCUUCCACUGCGACGCCUGCGGGAAGCAGUUCUCCUUCCGCACCAACCUCAACCACCACCGCCGCACCACGCACGCCGCACGCCCCUGUGUGGGAGAGGGCGUGGAGGCUGAGAGGUUUCUCAGGGACCUCUCCGAGUACGGCACGACGCUGGGCCUGGACGACGUGCAGCUGAUGGGCUCCGAGCAGCAUGGAGACAUGGGGUCGUGUGGCACGCACACACACCCUGUUAGCCACGGCACACACCAAGGAACACACCGAGCCGGACCCGGAGCCACGCAGCUGCUGCUGGCCGAUCCGGCCGCUCACGCGGGCAGCACGGCCAUCCCACUGGCACACCACAAGGUGGCCGUCACGACCGCCACCGCCGCCGUUGCCACUGCCUACAUCACGGCGCCGCCGCCACCGCCCGCCGUGGGUGGCUCGGGACCGUCGGCGGACGACGGCGGGAGCGGCGACGGCGUGGCGGAGCAGGCGCCCGGCUACCCGUGCAAGGAGUGCGGCCGUCGCUUCACGUUGAAGCACUCGCUGAAGCUGCACAUGCGGCGACACACGGGCGAGCGGCCGUACGCGUGCCUGGCGUGCGGCGAGCGCUUUGUGCGCGCCUCCUCGCUGCAGCGGCACGCGGCGGCGCACACGGGCGAGCGGCCCUUCGCGUGCGACGCCUGCGGCAAGAGCUUUGCGCACCGUGAGAACCUCGCCGUGCACCGCAAGACGCACGCCGCCGUCAAGCCGUUCGUGUGCGCCGCCUGUGGCAAGGCCUUCGCCACAUCCUCCUACCUGUCGCGGCACCGGCUCACGCACAGCGGGGAGCGGCCUUACACCUGCGGAGCGUGCGGCAAGGCGUUUGCGACGCCCACGAACCUGCUGAACCACAAGAAGGUGCAUGCGGGCGAGCGCGCGCGACCCUUCUGUUGCGAGGAGUGCGGGCGCGCCUUCUCGGGCCGCACCAACCUGGAGCAGCACCGGCGUGUGCACACGGGGGAGAAGCCCUUUGCCUGCACCCAGUGCGGCCGCGCCUUCCGCCAGCGCGUGCAGCUGCAGCGCCACGAGGGCACGCACGCGCGCGAGGCCGUCGUUGCCAGUGCUGCCGCCACCGCUGCCGCCACCACCACCACUACCGCCGUCACCGCCACAGACACCGGGACGUUGGCCGAGGGGCCAGUGGAACCGGAGGCAGUCGGGGGCAGACGGUGGGGGCCACGGGGACGAGGACGGGGCAGGGGUCGAGGCAGGAGGCGGGGUGGAAGGAGGUUCCGGGAGCAGAGCGACGAGGACUGCAAGACGGAGGAGGAGAGUGCGGGAGAGAGCCCCGAGGACAGCGCUGGGGAGACGCCGCUGGGACGCACGGACGGUUGCGCUGACACACGCACAAAGCAGGAGACUCCAGAUGAACAAUCGGAGGAGCCAGGGGAGAAGGGCGGCGGGAACGAUGUGGGGGAUGGUGGCGCUGCUGAGGGGCUGGCGAACAGUGGUGAGGCCGGGGACGAGAAUGGUGAAGGCGGUGAGGGUGGUGAGGGCGGUGAAGGCGGUGAGGGUGGUGAGGGCGGUGAAGGAGGUGAUGGCGGUGAGGGUGGUGAAACCGGAGAGGGGGGGGACGGCGGCAGUGGUGAGAAUGGUGAAUGUCGUGCGAGUCCAACGCGUGGCCGGAGGGGGCGGCGACGACGUCACGAGGGUUGCCGAACUCGGGGCGCCACGUCCGCGUUGCUCGCAGCCGCGGCACUGCCGGAAAAGAGGCCGAGGAGGAGGCGAUCGCCGGCGACCGUGACGGAGGAAACGGUGACGGCCGGGAACGGCAGGGAGCGAGGCCGGAGGGGCCCUCGCCCCGAGCCCGGUGGCUUCGCGUGCGCCGAGUGCGGCAAGCGGUUCCGACUGCGCUACUCCCUGACGCGGCACGAGGCGUCGCACCGGCCGGCGCGGCCCUUCCACUGCCAGCACUGCUCCCGCGAUUUCUGCUCGCAGCAGUCCCUGCAGCUGCACACGCGACAGCACACGGGCGAGCGCCCGUUCCGCUGCGAGCUGUGCGGGGAAGCGUUCAUCCGCGCGUCAGCACUGCGGCGCCACCGCGCGUUGCACACGGGCGAGCGGCCGUACGUGUGCGAGGAGUGCGGCAAGGCAUUCGCGCACUCGGAGAACCUCGCCAUCCACCUGCGCAUCCACGCGCCGGGCCGCGGCUGCGUAUGCGACCUGUGCGGCAAGGGCUUCGCCACGCCGGCGUACCUGCUCAAGCACAAGCGAACGCACGCCGACACCAAGAUGUUCGGCUGCGACGUGUGCGGCAAGCGCUUCUCGUUCCGCACCAACCUGGACAACCACCGGCGGACGCACACGGGCGAGCGGCCUUUCGCGUGCGGCGAGUGCGGCCGCGCCUUCGCCGAGCGCUCGCACUUGACGCGCCACGCGCGCACGCACACAGGGGAGCGCCCCUACCGCUGCCACGACUGCGGCCAGGGCUUCGCGCAGUCGUCGGCGCUGGCGCAGCACAGGCUGCGCGAGUCCGGCGCCAAGCGCUUCGCGUGCGACGCGUGCGGGAUGCGCUUCUACUUUGCGGCCGAGCUGCAGCGGCAUGCGCGCAAGCACUCGGGCGAGCGGCCGUACGUGUGCGAGGCCUGUGGCAAAGCCUUCACGCGCAAGACGCUGCUCAACAAGCACGGGGCAGCCGCCCACGCCGGGACGCCGGGCGCCACCGGCGAGACGGCGGGCGCCGGCGAGGCGGCGGGCGCCGACAAGACCACGGUUGUCGUGGUGCUCGACGCGACGCAGCUAGAGCAGCCGCAGGCCAGCUAGCGACUGGAUCGUAUUGCCAUGCCGUUCUCCAUGGCCUGUGCUCAGGGUGCACUUGGUGUGAUUUAGGACUGGCGGGAAGCCACGGCAGACAGGAUGUGGGUUGUGUUGUAUGUCGCCCACGCAGGGAUAACCAAGACGCUGCAGACACUGUGCCGUGUUGCAGUGCCGCCCGCCCCACUAUGUACCAGACUGCUUCAACAAACUCGUGCCGCUGGUCCCAAUAAAAAAACACGUGGUAA